AUGGCGCACAGCGGGUCGCCUCGAGGGCUCCCAGCCGGGGCCAGGUACACACGCCUGGCCGGUCCCCCUAAGCGGCUGGGCUUCCACGUGGUCCUUGAUGACGUCGCGGGGGCACCGCCCACACCUGAUGGGCUGGGGGGGGGAGGCCGGCAGGAGCCGGAGGUGCAGCCGCGGGGACUGCGGGCUCCGCCCCGCGCACGGCGCGCGGCACCCACCUGCGGCCGCUCCCGCACGUGCGGGCGCGCCGGGUCCCCGCCCGAGCGCCACGUGACCGCGGCCCCGCCCCCGGCCCCCGCCCCGCGCGCCUGCGCCCUGGCGCCCGCCCAUUGUUGGCCGCGGCGUGACGUCCCGGGGCGGGGCGGGCCGGGCCGGCGGGGGCGGCGGGCGGGAGCCGAGGAGCGUCCGCGCCGCCGCCGCCAGGAGCCGCCGCAGCCGCGCGAGCAGCAGCCAGACCCGGGCCCCGCGCCCGCGCCCGAGCCCGACGACGCGGCCGCCGCGCUGCGCCUGGCGCUGGACCAGCUGUCGGCGCUGGGGCUGGGGGCCGCGGGCAGCGCCGAGGAGGAGGGCACGGCGGGCAGCGGGGACGGCGCGGCGGCGGCGGGGCCCGCGUCCCCCGACGGGCCCGAGGCGGGCGUCCCCCCGGCCCCCGCCGCGCCGCCGCCGGAGCCCGACGUGAGCCCCCCGCCGGCGCCCCGGCCGGCGCCGCCCGACGUGUUCGCCGGCUUCGCGCCCCACCCCGCGGCGCUGGGCCCGCAGACGCUGCUGGCGGAGCAGAUGUGCGUGAUCGGCAGCCGCAAGAAGAGCGUGAACAUGACCGAGUGCGUGCCGGUGCCCAGCUCGGAGCACGUCGCGGAGAUCGUGGGGCGCCAGGGGUGCAAGAUCAAGGCCCUGCGCGCCAAGACCAACACGUACAUCAAGACUCCGGUGCGCGGCGAGGAGCCCGUGUUCAUCGUGACCGGCCGCAAGGAGGACGUGGACAUGGCCAAGCGCGAGAUCCUGUCGGCCGCCGAGCACUUCUCGCUGAUCCGCGCCACGCGCAGCAAGGCGGGCGGGCUGCCCGGCGCUGCCCCAGGCCCGCCCCACCUGCCGGGACAGACCACCAUCCAAGUGCGCGUGCCCUACCGCGUGGUGGGGCUGGUGGUGGGGCCCAAGGGCGCCACCAUCAAGCGCAUCCAGCAGCGGACGCACACGUACAUCGUGACGCCGGGCCGCGACAAGGAGCCCGUGUUCGCCGUCACGGGCAUGCCCGAGAACGUAGACCGUGCGCGCGAGGAGAUCGAGGCGCACAUCACGCUGCGCACGCGCGCGCUCCCGGACGCGGGCGCCGACAGCGACUUCCACGCCAACGGCACGGACGUGUGCCUGGACCUGCUGGGGGCGGCGGCCAGCCUCUGGGCCAAGGCGCCCCCCGCGGGCCGGCGGCUGCCCGCUGCCCCCGCCGGCCUCCGCGGGGACGGCGCCCCUGAGCCCUUCUACACGAGCAGCCGCGGGGGCGCGCCCGGGCCAGACCCAGGCCCCACCAGCCCCUACGGCGGCAGCGGCGGCUCGGGCAACGGGGGCUUCACGUUCAGCAGCGAUGGCCCUGGGGCCCCCGCAGGGACGGACGACGCCGACUUCGGCUUCGACUUCCUGGCGCUGGACCUGACCGUGCCCGCCGCAGCCACCAUCUGGGCACCGUUCGAGCGCGCCGCGCCCCUGCCCGCCUUCGGCAGCUGCUCGGCGGUCAACGGGGCGCCCGCUCCGCCGCCGCCACCGGCCGGGGGCGCACGCCGCAGCAGCGGCCCGGGCAGCCCGCGCCACUCGCCCACGCUGCCCGAGCCCGGCCUGGGCCUGGAGCUGCCCCUGGCGCGGCGCCCCGCACCCGACCCUGUGGGCGCCCUGCCCUGGCGGGCUCCGCAGAACCCGCUGGCCUUCUCCGGCGGCGCCGGCUUCGCCGCGGCCACCGCCACGCUGGACUCCGGCGCCUGCGAGGGUAGCCGCAAGCCUGCCGCGCCGGCCCCGGCUGCACCUGCGCCCACGCCCGCGUCCUCGGGGGCCGCCGCUCCUGCCACCCCGGCGCGUGAGUGCGUGGUGUGCACCGAGGGCGAGGCCAUGGCGGCGCUGGUGCCCUGCGGCCACAACCUCUUCUGCAUGGACUGCGCCGUGCGCAUCUGCGGCACCAGCGCACCGGAGUGUCCCGCGUGCCGCACGCCGGCCACACAGGCCAUCCAUAUCUUUUCCUAGCGCGGGCCGGGCAGACGGGGGCGG